GCCCGCGGCAUUGGGUCCCGGGUGGGGCCGAGGCAGCGGGAGUCGCGGUUGCUCAGCGUGCACCUGAGACCCGACGCCCGGGGUCCUCGAAGCCGCGUCCGCCGCCGUCCCCGUCGCCAUGAACCGCUUCAGGGUGUCCAAGUUCCGGCACACCGAGGCUCGGCCGCCCCGCCGCGAGGCCUGGAUCAGUGACAUUCGAGCAGGAACCGCCCCUUCAUGCAGGAACCACAUCAAAUCAAGCUGCAGCUUGAUCGCCUUCAACUCCGACCGUCCUGGUGUACUGGGCAUUGUGCCUCUGCAAGGCCAAGGAGAGGACAAGCGACGCGUGGCCCACCUGGGCUGCCAUUCAGACCUAGUCACCGACUUGGACUUCUCGCCCUUUGAUGACUUCCUCCUGGCCACAGGCUCGGCUGACAGGACGGUAAAACUCUGGCGACUGCCAGGGCCUGGCCAGGCCCUGCCCUCAGCACCUGGGGUGGUGCUGGGCCCCGAGGACCUCCCAGUGGAGGUACUGCAGUUCCACCCCACCUCUGACGGCAUUCUGGUGAGCGCAGCAGGCACCACUGUGAAGGUCUGGGACGCAGCCAAGCAGCAGCCCCUGACAGAGCUGGCAGCCCAUGGGGACCUGGUGCAGAGCGCCGUCUGGAGCCGAGAUGGAGCCCUGGUGGGCACGGCGUGCAAGGACAAGCAGCUGCGGAUCUUUGACCCCAGAACAAAGCCGCAGGCCUCUCAGAGCAUGCAGGCCCAUGAGAACAGCAGGGAUAGCCGGCUGGCAUGGAUGGGCACCUGGGAGCACCUGGUGUCUACUGGAUUCAACCAGAUGCGUGAGCACGAAGUGAAGCUGUGGGACACGCGGUUCUUCUCCAGCGCCCUGGCCUCCCUCACCUUGGACACCUCGCUUGGGUGUCUCAUGCCUCUGCUGGACCCUGACUCUGGGCUCCUGGUCCUGGCAGGAAAGGGCGAGAGGCAGCUGUACUGUUACGAGGUGGUCCCACAGCAGCCGGCGCUGAGCCCAGUGACCCAGUGUGUCCUGGAGAGCGUGCUGCGGGGGGCUGCCCUUGUGCCCCGGCAGGCGCUGGCCGUCAUGAGCUGCGAGGUGCUCCGCGUCCUACAGCUGAGCGACACAGCCAUCGUGCCCAUCGGCUACCAUGUGCCCCGCAAGGCUGUGGAGUUCCACGAGGACCUGUUCCCGGACACUGCUGGCUGUGUGCCUGCCACCGACCCCCACAGCUGGUGGGCUGGGGACAAUCAGCAGGUGCAGAAGGUCAGCCUCAACCCCGCCUGCCGGCCCCACCCGAGCUUCACUUCCUGUCUGGUGCCCCCUAUGGAGCCCCUCCCUGACACAGCCCAGCCUGUGGUGAUGGAGACACCCGUGGGUGAUGCAGAUGCAAGCGAGGGUUUCUCUUCCCCUCCCAGUUCGCUGACCUCGCCCUCCACGCCCUCCAGCCUGGGGCCCUCACUCUCCAGCACCAGUGGCAUCGGGACCAGCCCCAGUUUGAGGUCGCUGCAGAGCCUGCUGGGCCCCAGUUCCAAGUUCCGCCAUGCUCAGGGCACUGUCCUGCACCGAGACAGCCACAUCACCAACCUCAAGGGGCUCAACCUCACCACACCUGGUGAGAGUGACGGCUUCUGUGCCAACAAGCUGCGUGUGGCCGUGCCGCUGCUCAGCAGCGGGGGACAGGUGGCUGUGCUUGAGCUACGGAAGCCUGGCCGCCUGCCUGACACGGCACUGCCCACGCUGCAGAAUGGGGCAGCUGUGACUGAUCUGGCCUGGGACCCCUUUGACCCCCAUCGCCUCGCUGUGGCUGGUGAGGACGCCAGGAUCCGACUGUGGCGGGUGCCCACAGAGGGCCUGGAAGAGGUGCUCACCACGCCAGAGACUGUGCUCACAGGCCACACAGAGAAGAUCUGCUCCCUGCGCUUCCACCCACUGGCAGCCGAUGUGCUGGCCUCGUCCUCCUAUGACCUCACUGUUCGCAUCUGGGACCUUCAGGCUGGAGCUGAUCGGCUGAAGCUGCAGGGCCACCAAGACCAGAUCUUCAGCCUGGCCUGGAGUCCUGAUGGGCAGCAGCUGGCCACUGUCUGCAAGGAUGGGCGUGUGCGGGUCUACAGGCCCCGGAGUGGCCCUGAGCCCCUGCAGGAAGGCCCAGGGCCCAAGGGAGGACGCGGAGCUCGCAUUGUCUGGGUAUGUGAUGGUCGCUGUCUGCUGGUGUCUGGCUUUGACAGCCAAAGUGAGCGCCAGCUGCUCCUAUAUGAAGCUGAGGCCCUGGCCGGCGGACCCUUGGCAGUGUUGGGCCUGGACGUGGCUCCCUCAACCCUGCUGCCCAGCUACGACCCAGACACUGGCCUGGUGCUCCUGACCGGCAAGGGCGACACCCGUGUAUUCCUGUACGAGCUGCUCCCCGAGUCCCCUUUCUUCCUGGAGUGCAACAGCUUCACGUCGCCCGACCCCCACAAGGGCCUCGUCCUCCUGCCUAAGACGGAGUGCGACGUGCGGGAAGUGGAGCUGAUGCGGUGCCUGCGGCUGCGCCAGUCCUCCCUGGAGCCUGUGGCCUUCCGGCUGCCCCGAGUCCGGAAAGAGUUCUUCCAGGAUGACGUGUUCCCAGACACGGCUGUGAGCUGGGAGCCUGUGCUCAGUGCCGAGGCCUGGCUGCAAGGCGCUAAUGGGCAGCCCUGGCUUCUCAGCCUGCAGCCUCCUGACAUGAGCCCAGUGAGCCAAGCCCCCCGAGAGGCCCCUGCUCGUCGGGCCCCAUCCUCAGCGCAGUACCUGGAAAAGAAGUCUGACCAGCAAAAGAAGGAGGAGCUGCUGAAUGCCAUGGUGGCAAAACUGGGGAACCGGGAGGACCCACUCCCCCAGGACUCCUUUGAAGGCGUGGACGAGGACGAGUGGGUGAGUAGUGAGUGGCCUCACUUCCCGGCAGGCAGCGCGGUCCCUCGCACAUGCCACGGUGCAUGCCUCCUCCCUUCCCAGGCCCUCCUGACUCCCUCCCACCUCUUGGUGUUUCGCCCCAGGACUAGCCUGCGCCCCCGUCACCUCCACCUCACCUGUGCUGCCACUUCCUAGUGCACACCUCACGGCUCAUCCUCAAGCUGGAAGAUACCUCUCUGGCCCCGGCACAUGUCACCCCUGCACUCCUGCCUUCCCGUGGGCACUUCCACAUCCUCUGGGCCUCUGGCAGUUCCCAGGGACUGUUUUCACCUCUGCUGUCUCUGGGGUCAGCUGCUGCUCAUCAGCUGCCCGCUAGCAUGUAGCCAGGGGUGCAGGGUGGCGGGGGGUCAGUAGCAUGUCCCUGGGCAGGCCCUGGGCACCCUGUCUCCGCUGGUCUCACUGCUGACCUGGGCUGGUCCCAGCCUGGAUUGGUCUCAUCCAGGAUCUUUGGUCACCCCACGCUGCGCCAUCUUGCCUGCUGUCCCAGUUCUGGUCAAGGGCCUUGGGGGCUGGCCCCCCACCAGGCCUUCUAGAGCAGCGCCAGUCUCAGGGCCCUGGGACCAGCUGCCCUACUUCCCAGGUUUGUAGCCAGGAGAAGGGGGCAUCACAGAGCUGAUGGUCCAAUAAGGGGGGUGUGAGCCCCGCAGGGACUGGCCCGCACCUGCCUUGGAUGUUUUCAGCAAUUAAACUUUUUUAAGCUGGCCA